UUCAUCCCUUAAAGAUUUUGAGAAAAUUAUAACUCGAAUUACUCGCUCUCAAAAGAUUGACCCUAACGGAGAUACCAUUUAUUAUCUUCAAGAACAUAUAAAUUACUUAAACUGGCAAAUUAGAAGAUGUAAUAAGGAAUCUCAUAUCAAUCUUUUAAACCAAGAAAUACAACAAACCCAAAAUCUUAAAGAGAAAUUAAGACUAAAGGAGAUUACAAUUGAAAAAGCCAAUCAAGAGUUAGACAAACUACGAAAAGAA